AUGUCGUAUUACUUUGCUAUAAUCGGUACGCAAGAUAACCCCCUCUUCGAAUACGAGUUUGGCUCUUCGAAACAAGGCGGAGAUGGCGUGGCGCGAUUCCCAGAGCAAGCUCGACAUAUGAACCAGUUCAUCGUGCAUAGCAGUCUGGAUAUCGUGGAAGAGGUACAAUGGGCCAGUGGCCAAAUGUAUCUCAAAUGCAUUGAUCGCUUCUACAAUAACUACGUCUCUUGCUUCAUGACCGGUGGAAAUGUUAAAUUCUUCCUACUUCACGCCCCUUCCCAACCUGCCUCGUCGACUGCAACCCGAGCUAGCACAUCCAUCGCUGCGAAUCCGACAGCCCCGCAAACAGAAGAAGCCAUCAAGCAAUUCUUCAACGAGAUCUAUGAAAAUUGGGUUAAGACGAUAAUGAAUCCGUUUUAUCAGGUUAAUAUGGAGGUGAAGAGCCCGGUGUUUCGGAGUCGAGUUGCUGCCGCUGGGAAGAAGUAUCUAUGA